AUGGAGAGCAAACUUGUGGCCAGUGAUGGGAAGACCUACAUUAAUGUUAUCCCUAGCAAGUGCAUGAUUAGCGGUUUUGGCAGCACUGACAGAGCCGACUGGGAAGUACUUUACGUGCCUCACAAGACGAAGAACCAUGAGCGAUGGGGCCUGCCUCUGAUGUUCCCUAACUUUAGCUCUGUUGCUAAUGAUACCUUUACUGAACUCGGAAUUCAUUUGCCCAAGCAUGGCCUCGUUACUGACAAAGAGUGGAAGGAGAUUGCGCGCACUGACACCUCGAUUACUGUUAUGUUCGAGGAUAACGAAGAACUUCUGAAGCAGUUCCCGUUCAAAUUCCGCUUGGAAGUAACGUUCGAAGUAAAACCUAAAGUUUGCGUUCACCGCUACGUGAUCAAGAACACCGGAGAUAAGGUGUUACCUUGUUCUCCUGGCAUCCACCCGUACUUUUCAGUUCCCCAAAAGGAGAAGACUAAUGUAAAGAUCAACACCAAGGAAUUCGACUGCAAGUCGUACAACUGGGAGAACGAGAACCCUGAUGACAAUAUCCCUUUCACCGGCCAUCUUGAGAUAGUUGUGCCCACCAAAGGAACUAUUAAUCUCAGGGAGGUGUCCGAGCCUACAAAGCUGUUUGGCAGGAUGCAGAUCUGGUCGGAAAAAUCAGAUGCCCCGGACCAUGAGUUCAUAUGCUUCGAACCUGUCAGACUGGGUGCCAAUGGGCUCAACAACAAGGAGGGAAGACUGAACAUUGAGCCUGGUAAGCAGGUGGAGAUCGUUCAUGAAAUAGAAGCAAGUUUUUAG